GCCAAAAUCUCCCUGCCCAAGAGACGCGCCAAGACGGUGAGCUUCAGCGACGCCGCCGUCAUCUGCCUGAAGAACGGCAAGCUCUGCCUGCAGAUCCGCGUGGCCAACCUGCGCAAGACGCUCCUGAUCGGCAGCCAGAUCUACGGGAAGCUCCUGAAGACCACCACCACCGCCGACGGCGAGACCCUCAUCCUGGACCAGCUGGACAUCCACUUCACGGUGGACGCCGGCAAGGACAACCUCUUCUUCAUCUGCCCCCUCACGCUCUACCACGUGAUCGAGCGGGCCAGCCCCUUCUACGAGAUCUCGGCCGACACGCUGCCCCAUCAGGACUUUGAGCUGGUGGUCUUCCUGGACGGCACGGCCGAGUCCACCAGCUCCGUCUGCCAGGUGCGCACCUCCUACACCCCGCAGGAGAUGCAGUGGGGCCACAGCUUCCUGCCCAUCAUCUCGCGAACCAAGACGGGCAAGUACCGCGUGGAUUUCUCCAACUUUUCCAAAAGCGUGCGGGUGGCGACGCCGCACUGCGCCCGCUGCUUCGAGGGCAAAGCCGACGCCGAGCUCCAGCUGCGCGACCAACACAAGAAGGACAAUCGCGUGAACCAGCACAAGAUCGGCAUCCACAACCUGGCCUUCCAGGGCACGGGACGUUCACGACGCCGCAGACGUCACCAAGAUGUGAAGGCCUCGUGACGACCUUCUCGCGUACGGAGGAGGAAGCCCUAACCCCCCCAAAAAAGGUACGCAAAAAUCGGCCCACGGACCAUCUGGUCAGAUUUAGGACCAGGUCCAAGGUCAAACUCGACAGGCAGUCAACAUUCUUAUCCGUCACCCGAGUUAAGUCCAACUAAACCGGAAACGACUUUGACCAACCUCACGCGAGACCCGUCACAAAAUCGUUCCAUCGAGCGACGAUUUUGCCAACUUACUCCUGUUCCACAAGGAUUUGCAUUUAGAAUCUGGUCACGCAAGAUUUUCCAGCCAAAUAUUUCGCCCGAGAUAUUUAGAGUGACUCAUUCGGGGCCGAACUCUGAAAGUUCCUCAGCAAUGAAAAGGGGCAUUCAUCGUGAACGGCACAGCGGGUUCCUCCUGAGAAGAUUAACGUCUGAGUCGCUUUUAAUAAAAAAAAAAACU